AUAAUAUUUAUUGCAAAUAUAACGAACGUCAAACGUACUUAAUAUUUGGACAAGUGUUUUGCAAUAUCGUGUUUUACGUAUAAAUGUUUUUAUGUGCAAAAUGAGUGCAUCAUUUGAAUAGAAUUGUGUAAUGCUGUUAAUAUCUUAUCUGACCAUAUAUCUUUCCAUGACUAUUAUAUUGGCCAGACUUUUAAGUAGGCUGCUUUCUUGUUCUUUUGAACAAGUUCUCCAUCAAAGUCUCCAUCGGCGGAGUGGUGUUAUCGUUUCAGUACUAUAUAUAUAGUAUAUGCUUCCAACUUGAAGCAUUUCUUUGAACCACCAUCAUGCUGACACAUCGUUUCUUUAUAGCUUUCUUGGUGGCCGCAACGUGUUCGCACGUAGCGUUCGCGGCUCCAAAUAACAACUAUGAUACAAACCAGGACUACGAAUUGUGCACCACGCAAGAUUGCGUGAACGAAGCGUCAAGGAUCUUGGAUUAUAUCGAUCGUACGAUUGAUCCUUGCGACAACUUUUACAAAUUUGCUUGCGGCGGAUGGGUACAGAAGAAUCCGGCAAACGUGUCGUAUCCGAGAAUUAGCUCGCUGUCGAUCAUGAGUCUGAAAACGUUAGAAGAAGUUAAAAAAAUCGUCGAAGGUGCUCCUGAACCAGACGAUACGGUUUCCUUAAAUAAAGCGAGGAAGGUAUACAACAUGUGCAUGGAUACUGAGACGCUCGAGAAGGUCGGAAUCAGUGGCCUUAGAAGAGUUGUCAAGAUGAAUGGUGGCUGGCCAAUAACUAUGACAUCUAGGGAAUGGAGAUGGAAAGGAUAUAAAAUGUGGCAACAAGUUAGCAACUUGUUGGAGAAAAAUAUGUUAUACAACGGCCUUUACGGGAUAACGGUGUCGGUAGACGAAAAGAAGUCGGACACCAACAUCAUUACAAUCGUUGAACCUGACUUCUAUGCUCCGCGCGACAUUCUGAUCGGUUUUGAAAAGAACCUUGCGGAGAAGAUGGAAUAUAAAUCUCUGAUCGAAAAAACUGCGAAUAUCUUUAUAGAGGACCGAGGCGUGCAUAUCAACUCUGAAACGCUCAGUCUGGACGCGCUUGAUCUCGUGGAUUUCGAGAUUGAAUUGGCUAAGCUGACAUUGUCUCUCGAAGACGCUAGAGAUGUCGACAAAACCUACAACUUGUUAACGAUUCAAGAAUUGCAGCGGGCGUAUGAUGCGCAACAUCCAACAAAAAAGAGCAAGAUAAACUGGCAUUAUGAAAUUCAAAAAUUGUUUGCGCCAGAAGGAAUUGUAAUCAAACCAUCUGAGAAGCUCGUCGUUCAGGCGUACAAGUAUCUUACCUCUCUGGCGUCCCUACUGGAACGAACAAACAGUCGUACUAUCAUAAACUACAUGCAAUGGACUCAUAUCAGAAAUCUAUUACCUUACACCAAAAUUACCGAACCAAUCGCCUAUCGCCUUGCCGCUCAUUUCAAAAACGAGAGUCCGGAAUUGACAAGGUGGAAGAGUUGCUUGAAUAAGGAUGGCAAUUUACACACAGCUAUCUCACAGAAGUUUGCCACCAAAUACGUGCAGCUCGAGAAUAAAAAAUACAUCGGCGAGAUAAUCAAGGAUAUCGCAAAUGUCGUUCGCGAGCAAAUCACAGCGUCCACUUGGAUGGACGAACCUACGAAAAAGGUAUCUCUUGAGAAAUUAGAUAGCAUGAGAGAGCAAAUCCUCAUCCCCGAAUGGUACAGCAACGAAGCUAUUGAUAAAUAUUACAAUGGUUUAACUAUCACUUUGGAUUAUCUCGAGAGUGCAAUAAAUAAAAUUAAUUUCGACAUCAAAAAAGUUUUACAGAAACUGCGCAAACCUGUUGAUAAAAACGAAUGGCUUAUGCAACCGACGAUUGUAAAUGCUUAUUAUGAUCCAUCUGGCAAUACAAUUGUUAUCCCUGCUGCCAUAACGCAAAAUCCCGUAUACGAUAAAAAUCGUCCUGCGUUCAUGAACUACGGAGCACUGGGAGUUGUCGUCGGACAUGAAAUAAACCAUGGCUUCGAUAAUACUGGUCGUAAGUACGACAAAAACGGCAAUGCCAUAGAAUGGUGGACGCAGAAAACUAUAAACAAUUACGAGGAGAAGGCACAAUGCUUUGUCGAUCAGUACAACGGUUAUUUGGUGCCAGGUCUGGAAAACGUUUAUGUGAAUGGAAAAUUGUCGCUAGGAGAAAACAUCGGCGAUUCCGCUGGUCUCGUAGCUGCAUAUUAUGCAUAUAUGGCCAGAAAAGCGAGACUGAACGAGUCUGAAUUGCGAUUGCAGGGAUUGGAGGACUACAGCGAUGCUCAAAUCUUCUUUAUGGGUUUCGCGCAGGCGUUCUGUCAAAAUGCCACGCCAGAACAAAUACGAUUGCUCCAGACGGAUGAGCACCCAAUGCCGGAAACGAGAGUACGGGGCAGUUACUCGAAUUUCCCUGAAUUCUCCAAAGCUUACAAUUGUCCAGCAGGAAAGGGAAUGAAUCCGGAUAAGAAAUGUAAUUUGUGGUAACGGAAACGACGGAUCGACCAUAAUGUGAAAUGUGAAUAAUUAUACAAUUUAAAAUUUUCAUUUUUUGAAGUAAACGACCUAUUAAAACA